UCGUAUCGAUAUUUUCAGACGUGACUGUACAGUCAUGGACUUUGUUGAGCCAUUUAGGGUUCAAGAUAAUUUGGUUUUCAAUACUAACGGUAUGAAAUGUCCAAUAUAAAGUACACUAAAUAGAAGUCCGUGACUGUACCUAUCUCAAAAGAUAAAUAACAAUAGUCAUCUGUAAAUAAUAAACCUAAUACCAUCAUACAGUUGCAUCAUUCCAAAACUUUCGUAAUAAAAUAAACAUUGACAACAUCUAUUGUGUUCAAUUUAGUUACUGAUAUACUGUGGCCGAAUAAUGUUACUUUCAUCGCGUAUCUGUGGUCACUGCUCAAAAAUGGAUUUUUAAAAUAAAAGUAUUCAAGAUGAUCUUAAUUAACUUCAUCAUUAGCUCUCUGAUCGACUUUGUUAUUGGCAGCUGUGACGCGUGCGUAGAUGGCCACUGCCAGACCAUGACAGUCUUACUGCAGAAUGUUGACAUCACUGACCAAUUAGCUAUGGAUUGGACGAACAACAUUCUAUACGUCCAGCUAAAUUCCGUUAUAAACACUGCCUUCUAUAUCAACGAUUAUGCCAUCGCAAAAAUGCACUUGGUUCAAAUCGCUGAGACAUCUGGUAUGGUCGUCAGACACGACACCCAGGAAUUAUAUACAGCAGAUAGCAACAAGAACAUUUAUAAAAUUAAAAAAGGAACUAACAAUGUAGUAAUCGAAUAUGCAGGCUUACUAGAUGGAGUUGUUAAUUUUAUGUUCUAUCGCAACAGACUGUAUUUGACUAAAAAAGGUGAAAAAAACAUAUUUUAUUUCGAUAAUACAAGUCUGAUAGCUGCCAGAGAUUUGUCGAAUUUCACAAUAACUGACUUUGUCAAGACUGACAGAGGCGUAUUUUUUGUUUCUGAUGAUCAAGUUUACGAAUAUAAACGACCAUUUAACAAACCUCCCAAAGUAUUAACUGCCAAAAAAAUGAUUCUAUCUACAGACCAAUUUGAAAAUGUUUAUUUGGGAUCAGCCUCGCAAAAAGUUAUUUACAAAAAUAAUAACGUGACCCACAAAAUAUAUGUGUACGCUGCAUAUAAAAAAGGAAAUGUAGAUAAGUUCGUAUUGGAUAGAGAUAAUAAUGUUAUCGCCUACGAUGCCACAGAAAAGAGUCUUUCUAUUUGGAAAGAGGAAGGAAGUACCUGUACAAUAGUGCUGCCACACUGUAAUGUUCAAAUAAAUGUUCACAAGCCACCAGAUGAAAAUGACGAAGAAGAAGUUGAUGAACAUAAUGAUAAUAUUGUUUAUGAUUUCUUUUGGAAACAUUCGGAAAAAGUAUUUGAAAAUAACUAGAUUAUUUAAUAUGAAAAUCAAGAUAUACAACAACCUAAUAAAGUCAUUCUAUCUUUAAUAUUUUUUCCUUCUCCAUUGAAAGUUACAAAGAGAAACAUAAACGAACUUAUAAUUGAAUAUGAAACGAAGAUUUUUGAAGAUUAGAAUAACAUUGAAAUUGUUGUGAGCACUUCACGUUUGCUGAUUUUAAACGUAAUAUCAGUAUACACUACACAAAGCCCAUGGCUAAAUUUCUAUUUUCCACUACCUAACCAUUGACUGGAAGAGAUUGCUCCUUAGCAAUGAGAUUGCCUGUUAUUUUCUUGUGUACAUUAUGUUUAGUAUAUACUCUUGAUUUUUAUUUGUUCACCCUCGAUUUGUAUUUUUUCUCUUUUCUGUUAGUUCAACAAUAAAUUGGAAUUCUCAUUCGGAA